AUGAAGGCUGAGUACGAUCUUGAUCAUCUUCCUCAACAAAGCUUUUAUGGAGAUUAUUCACGAACUUUGGUUCCUAUGAACAAGAACUCCCAAAUAAUCACCAAGAUCAAGCCUAAGAUCCGUAUCAUCCAUAUAUUUGCGCCGGAGAUCAUCAACACUGACGUCAAGAACUUCCGUACACUCGUCCAAAGUCUGACCGGAAAACCAGAGAUAACCAAAACCGGUUCUAAGAAAAAGAUAACGAGAACAAAUAUUCAUGCACUAACGCCUCCACCUCAAGCAUCCAGCCAAGUACAUACGGCAGAGCCGGUCAAAAGUUUUAUAGAGAACCACGUUGUGAAGGAAGAAUGGGGAUCAUGUUCAAACACAAACACUUACUUUGAUUUAGAUGGUUUAGUUGGUCUUGACGAAGCCGACGACAUAUUCUCAAGUCGAUGGUUUGAUCUUCAAGACCACUAA